GACAUUUCGCCACACGGCCCAUUACCAAACCAUUCAACCCACAAUUGCUGCCUGGCUCUAUCCUUAGCAGCUGCCUCUUUCUUCCUUCCCUCCCAAAACAAUCCGCUGAAUUUUCGGAAAGAAUGGCGAUUGGGAUUGGCGGUAGUGCAGCAGUGUCCUUGAUGCCAAUGGCUUCUCUCUGUAGACGAAGAGUGGUUUUGGCCCCUUUCUCCUCCUAUUCUUCAUCUUCUUCGGUACCAAGGAAGCUCGUUCUCUAUUCAAAGCCAGGUUGUUGUUUGUGUGAUGGCCUCAAAGAAAAGCUUCACGCUGCCUUCUCUCUCUCUUCCUCUGAUCCCCUUCACGAUGUUGAUUUAGAGAUAAGGGAUAUUGCCAGCAAUCCUGACUGGGAGAAGGCUUACCAAUAUGAGAUACCUGUGCUGGCAAGAGUACUGUCUGAUGGCACGGAGGAAACUCUCCCUAGAAUGUCCCCUCGCCUUGGAGUGGAGCUCAUACAGAAAAAGAUAGCAGCUGCUCUGAGACAGUAAGAGAUUUUAGUGCCGUCCACUGUCAACCCAAUUCCCCUAGGAGAAAGUAGCAGCUGCAUAGAGAGUUGACAGUAAAAUGCUCUGCUGCCCCCUGUAUGAUUCGCGUUCACUAUUGCUAUAUCAUCUUCUCUUUAGGGAAAGAGCCUCAAAUGAGGAGUUGUAAAGUGGCUUGUAAACUCCAACACGAGCUGAAUGUUAACUACAAGUUUACAUAUUGAAUUUUUAUGACA